AUGCCGACUCGCACCGACGAAGCGGAAGCGGCAGGCAAGAGCGUUUGGACAGCCGAGCUACGUGUACACAGCCACACCGGCUCGGUGCUCGUCUCAAAGCCUCUCUACGAUCUUUUGCGAGCGGAUGAGUUGGACGAGCCAGGUAAGAGGAAUGCGAGCAAAGAGGAUGCGCAGCCGGGCGAUCAGGCGGCUGUCAAUGGGGAUCAAGCAGUGCGAGUGCGCGAAUCGCAGCAAGCGCUCGAGGACGUCGCUGCAUCUGUUUCCUUCCACGAAGGCUCCUCCGCGUUCGAUCUGCGCUCGCUAGUGGUGCUCGCUGAGCGCGCAAUCGAAGAAGAUGAGGAGAAUGCGAAAGACGUGAGUGGCGAAGCGCACAAUGCUGAGAGCAGUGUGCCCCUGCUGAUGCUUGCGUUAUCUUUGCUCGCAUCGCUCGCAUCGCUCCAGCUCGCCAUCUCCAUCCCGGAAUCCUUAGCUGUCCAGCAUCUCUCUUCGAUCAGCACAUCGUCCCAUGUGCUCGUCCAGUCAACCUCCGCAAUCAUCCUCUCUCGCGUCCUCCUCAGCAUAUCCGAUGAUCAGACUUUCGAAGCUGCAAGCCAAUCUUCCCAGCUGCUCCGCGACGCUUUGCAUGGGUCUAUUGCGAGGCAGGGAGAAACGCUGUAUGUUCAGGUCGAGGGUGGUGGAACUCUUGCGCUGAAUGUGGUCAUGACCGAGCCCGUGCUUCAGGGGGCCAUCUUCACCCGCUUCACGACGACGCAGGACAAGAGGCGCUCAACGGAGCUGCUCGUCACGUACGAUCAAGACUCCCGGCAUACGUCCAGUGGCAGCGCGAAGAACGAGCAGCCAAGCCAGCGACCUGUAGCGAUUGAUCAGUCCCGGCUUUACCAACAGUCUCGUCCUCAAGAGGACCACCUCUUGAUUGAUGAGCGCUUCCUCGCAAAUUCAGUCUUGGACGAUUUCGACAGCGACGAUGAGUUUGGGGCCGGCCCAGACGCAGCGCCCGCCGGUCGUGCGAACGGCCUCGAUCGCCGUCUGAGAGGUGCACCUGCCGAAGGCGAACCAGGCGCCUCUCCCAGCUUGUUUGCUAGCUCUUCUCGCUUACAGCCCCUUAUUCAGCACGAUCGAUCGACAACACUGCAAGCCAUAUCAUCCUGGCGAGGACGCUUGCCUGAGGGCGAGCGAGGAGAAGAUGUAGAUGAGGAGCUAGCAAUCUUGUUGGACGAGCAGACGCUGGCUUCCGUUGGUGCAUUCGAUGGAGACUGGGCGGUUGCGGAGCUCGAAGGACAAGGUGUCACACGGAUUGCUCGCCUCUUUGCAUCUCCCCGACCCAUCUCACCGCCACCUGUCGCAGAUCUAGACGAAGCCAGUUCGAGCACGGCGACGACGCUUGGCGCCCUGGCACUGCUUCCUCCAAUGUUCUUGCAGAAUCUGCACCGGCCAGCGCAUUUUGAUCCUGCUCGACUUGCUUCGCGCGUUUUGUUGCUGCGGCCUUGUCCCUCUCCGCCAAGAUCCAGUCUGGGAGACUCGAGAACACACAACAUGCCGCUAUCGUGUCCUUUGCCUCUCCCCUUUGCCGACGCUCUCACCAUCUCGCGCGUUGCUGGCCCGCUCAGUAUCAAUAGGGCAUACCAGCCCAUCUUUCUCGAUGCCCUAAGAAGGUAUUUCGAGGGGAGAUCUCGAGUUGUGCGAUUAGGUGAUAUCAUCGCUGUAGGUAUAGACGAGGGGCGUGUGCGAUGGGUCAACACCAAAACAAAAACGUCUGAUGAAGCAGAGGACAAGGGGGCGGAAGGCGAUCAGGAAGACGACAAAGCCCCCGACUUUGAGUGAGUUGGACCGCCGCUUGAUACCGCGCUACGCUAUGCGCCGUGGCUCACCUACAGCCUCACCUCCAUUUCAGUCUGCCGACAGUCACCGAGCCUGCUGAAGACACUGCCAUAGUGUACUUCAGGAUAGCCAGCCUCACUCCCGAGCUUUUCAGACCGCCAGGAACCGAUGCGGCCUCGAUCAACGAAGCAGAAGCGUCCAUCCGCUUAGCGGCACAGAAUGGCGAGAUUGGAUGCGUUGUGGAACCAACGCUGAGCAAGAUGAUCCAGACCGGCGUGGACAAGUCUAGAGUUGCAGACGCUUACGGCUGGCUCUCCAUCAAAAGCCGCGUGCCGCCUCCUCCUUUGCACAAUGCGGCGCUGCAAAGCGCCAAAAGUGCGUAUCGCCAAUUGACGGAUCUUGUGCAAGCGACCUUGAGCUCGCGCACAACUAGCUACGACCUGCAUUUGAGCGCCAUCAUCAAGGGUGCUCGCGGCACUGGCAAACGAACACUGGCACACUGGGUAGCUCGAGGUACGGGAGUGCCGCUUUUGGAAAUCAGCUGCUACGAGCUGGUUGCGGACACGGACGCCAGGACGGAAGGAAUGCUGAGGGCUCGUUUCGAGCAGGCGGCUUCUUGCGGACCAGCGAUUCUGUUGCUGCGGAAUGUGGAAGCUCUAGCACGCAAAAGCCAAGCUAUGGAAUCGGGACAAGAGCCCGCAAUGGUGGGCGCUCUCCGAGACUGCAUGGAGCAGCUCAAGCGGUCAACCAGCUCGACACAAGGCACGCCUACUUGGCCGGUCUCUGUUUUUGCGACGACCAGCGAGCCUGAAAAGUGUCCCACAGGCGUCCUGGCCUGCUUCAAGCACGAGGUGGAGAUUUCGGUGAGUAUCGUUGACCCGAUUGUCACCUCAUGCCGGGUGGUAUGGCAGGCCAGCAGCAUAAAAUUUCUGACGCAUUCCCCUCAUCCAGGCACCGUCCGAGGACGAGCGUCUGUCAAUCUUGCAGUCGACAUUGCAAAGGUCCGUGCUUGGACCAGACGCCAGUCUAAAAUCCAUUGCCACCCAGACCGCGGCGCUUGUCGCUGCGGAUCUGGUCGACCUGGCUGAACGAGCUCGUGAGGCUGCGGUCCAACGCGCGAUUGGUACCCCGUGAGUCGCUCGACGGUCAGUCCAUCAGACCCUCUGCUGGACAGCCCCACUGACGCUACCUUUCGGCCACGCGCGUAGCACGUGGCACGCAGCGAAGGCAUCAGAUCGUGACAUUGUUCUGGCUGGCCUUGCGCUUAACGGUGCGGAUUUUGAAGCUGCUCUCGGUAAAGCGCGCGCUAACUACAGCGAGAGCAUCGGCGCUCCAAAGAUUCCAAACGUUACUUGGGACGACGUCGGUGGUCUCGCGAGCGUAAAGGACGAUAUCCUCGAUACCAUACAGCUGCCGCUCGAUCAUCCCGAGCUGUUCAGCGACGGCCUCAAGAAGCGCAGUGGUGAGUGCCAUGCAUUGCUGUCUGCCCCCAUCGUCGCUGAUCUGUGCACCCCGCACGCCCACAGGCAUCCUCUUGUAUGGUCCGCCCGGAACGGGCAAGACUUUGCUUGCGAAAGCUGUAGCGACGUCGUGCUCGCUCAAUUUUUUCAGCGUCAAAGGUCCAGAACUAUUGAAUAUGUACAUUGGGGAGUCGGAAGCCAACGUGCGACGCGUCUUUCAGCGUGCAAGGGACGCCAAGCCUUGCGUCAUCUUUUUUGACGAGUUGGACAGCGUUGCGCCCAAGAGGGGCAAUCAGGGAGACUCGGGUGGCGUAAUGGACAGAAUCGUUUCGCAAUUGCUUGCGGAGCUCGACGGCAUGUCUGGAAGUUCGGAGGGCAGCGAUGUGUUCGUCAUUGGCGCGACGAACCGCCCCGACUUGUUGGACCCUGCUUUGCUGCGCCCCGGACGGUGAGUGCUGCUGGUAUCCAGCUCCGAGAGCAAUGAUCUCGAUGCUGACGUUCGCGAGUCACCAUUUGAUCCAGCUUUGAUCGGCUGCUGUACCUUUCAGUGUCAGAGACGCACGCUGCUCAGCUCAACAUCCUUCAAGCCCUCACCCGAAAGUUCAAAUUGGAUGCAGAGCUUUCAUUAGGGGACAUUGCCGAGCAGUGCCCCUUCAACUUGACAGGAGCAGACUUUUACGCGCUGUGCAGCGAUGCGAUGCUCAAAGCCAUGACGCGUAAAGCGAGCGAAGUCGAUGGCAAGAUAGGUGAGCCGAACACGUGUCUCGCAAGUCUCCUCAUACGUCUUGCUGACCUUGGAACAAUCUUUACCACUUUCAGCGGAGCUCAACGCGCAACCUCCGCCCUACGACUUCCCGCAUCCUAUGACGCCACAAUACUACCUGGCCGAAAGGGCUUCAGCUUCGGAUGUAGAGGUCCGCGUCUCGCGCGUCGACUUCGAGGCGGCGCUCAGAGAGCUGAGCCCUUCGGUCAGCGAAGCGGAAAUGGCACACUACCGCGAGGUCCAAGCGAAAUUCAGCAAGCCGCCUGAGGAAAGGGAUGCGGAGGAAAAGCAACACGCCGGACUGCCAGCGCCGAACGGCAAGGCUUCCGGUCGCACCGACGACGAUCUGGUGCGUGCCCUGCGGCAAUUAGGUGUCGAUGCGAGCAAUGAGCGCGGUGAGCUAGCCCCGCCCAUGCAAAAUGGAAGAAGCAAUGGGCACCAAGCGCAUGCCAACGGAGGGAGUGCUACAGGUAGUGUAGCGAUCGAAAACGCAGGCGAGCAGCAGAACAAUUCCAAAUCUGACGAUGCGAUGGGACAUGCCGCUCCUCGCAAGAUGGCUAAAGGCAAAGGAAAAGCGAGAGCGGAGUAA